UUUGCUUUCCUGAAAGCCAUGUCUGGCCGAGGCAAAGGUGGGAAGGGCCUAGGCAAAGGGGGCGCCAAGCGCCACCGUAAGGUGCUGCGCGACAACAUCCAGGGCAUCACCAAGCCCGCCAUCCGGCGGCUGGCCCGGCGCGGCGGCGUCAAGCGCAUCUCCGGCCUCAUCUACGAGGAGACCCGCGGGGUGCUCAAGGUGUUCCUGGAGAACGUGAUCCGGGACGCCGUCACCUACACGGAGCACGCCAAGCGCAAGACGGUCACGGCCAUGGACGUGGUGUACGCGCUCAAGCGCCAGGGCCGCACCCUCUACGGCUUCGGGGGCUAACUUGCCGGGUUUCGCCACCAGAACGUUUCAUUUCUCAACCAAAGGCCCUUUUCAGGGCCACCCAACUGUUCAAAAAAAGGGCUGUCCCAA